CCUCAGCGCCCGCCUGGCGUAUCUUCCAGCGGCGCCGCCCACCACGCACACACAUAUGAGUGCCUUCAAGUCGAUGAACCACCCCCUCCCUCCCUGCCGUCUGUGCGUGUCUCUUUCUCUCUCUCUUCUGUCUCUCAGCCACCCAGCCAGCCAGCCAGCCAGCCAUCCACACACGCACACAAACGUAUGCACAUCUCUGUUUCCGUCCGUGUGCUGGUCAGAAGACGCUCUCCUCACCACGCAACAUCGUCACCCUCGUCUUCGUCUUCGCUGUCGCUCCCCUCGCUCCAUAAGAGCGAACCGUCCGUGUCAGACUCCGCACUAUCCGGCGUCCACUCAUCUGAGUCGUCUGAUGUCUCCAGUUCGUCUGAUGUCUCCCAUUCAUCUUCGGUCUCUGGCGGCAGAGGCUGCAGCUCCGGCUGGUCGGCCCCCUCUAGGGGCACCUCCACUCCCACAGCCUCAAGCAAAGUGCGCAGCCUGGACUCGGCGCGGUCCCUGGUGAGCUUCUGCCUCUCUUUGUCGCGCUGCAUCUGCUUAUCCUGCUUCCCGGUGUCCUUGACCCCAUUGUGUCGAAGCUCGUUGGCCGCUUCACGCCUCUUGCGCAUGGCUUGGAUCCUCGCCCGGCGGCCCUUCUUUCUCUUUCUCUCUUCCUCUCUGUUGUCCUCUCUUUGUACUCUGCUGGGCUCCUCCCUUAGGGGGGCGCAGCAGUAGCACUGGCCCAAUGGAGAGAGAGGCGAAAGAGAGAGAGACAUGCACACAAGAGGACUGCCUUUGGUCAGGCAGAGUGCUCACCUGGCCGAAGAGCCCCCUGGCCAAGUCGUAUUUCCGCUGCUCGAGGAACUUGUCGAUGGGCUCAGGAGACCCGCCGACAGACUUGGCCCACUCGUCCCACAGUUGCUUCUCCUCCUUUGACUGUUUGAGCAACUUGUCGAGAGCCUCAAUUCUGAUACGUAUGAGUCAACGACUGACUGGGGUGUGUCGUGUGUGUGGUCUUCUCUUCGUGUAGCCUAGCUGGGAGGGAGGCACUGUGAGCCUGCACGUAGCACCUACGUGCACGCGAUGUGUGUCCGCGGCUCGCGGAGGAAGUCGUGGUCCAUGUCCACCGCCAUGCACUGCCACGGCGCCACACAUCGGCUGUGCCACCGCUCCGCCGGUCCCCAUGUGCACUUGGUGGCUGCCCACAGGCACACACAUCAAUGGAUGGACUGUCAUGGUGGGCCUUCGAGUGGCUGAGGGAGGCAUAUAGAGCUCACGAGCAUCCAGUUGGCAGUCGAAGUCCGUCACUGCAGACAUACAGACAGACGUGCAGCCUAAGCUUGCCACCAUUCCAUCGUGUGUGCGUGGUCUGCUCUGCUUACUGACCCGGUUGUGUGUCUGACGGAGUGUCGUUAAGGAGAUUGUUGACACUGAAAGCCCCGGCGGCAGAUAGAGACAGCGACGCGCCUGCACUCACUCACUCACUCACACAAUGUCAUGCAAAUGGUGAUUCAACAAAUGUCCCAGCCUGGGGAUGUGGGUGAACAGGGCAGGGCCUCCCCCGCUUCAUUCU